GUCCACGACAUCAGGACAGAGGCGUCUUUCUCGCGCGCUACUAUACAGCAAUAACCUUGUCAUCUCGACUGACGUGUGUGGAUGAAAUGUCCUUGUGAGGCCCAUACUUAGCUCUUGAUAACGAAGGUCGUCGGCUGUCAACGAACGCAAGUCACGCUUCCAUCAGGAUGGCACCAGCCGUGCGCGCAGAGGUGGCCUUGGUCUCCCUGAAAAAUUGCUUGGUCAAUCUCCCUCCUGGCCUGAUAGCCUUGAUCAGCAACACCAAUAUUCCAGCUCAAAAUGUCGUCGUUGAGUUACAAUACAAAUCAGCGACAUUAUCAUCUGGGGCUGUGUCAAGUGGAAAUGCUGCCGGCUUCCAAAGAUCCGCCUAUGUUGGAUGGACUGGCAUGCCUAGCAGGACUCGCCCAGGUUCUCUUAUCAACAAUGACCGCGCAAGGUCAGGCCGAGAACAAGAAACUCAAAUGGUUGAAAUCGACGCCACCUUCGCAAAGCUGCUUGGGCUCUCUGAGGGUCAGAAGAUUGGACUUUUGAUUCAUCUGGAUCCUCCUAUUGCUCACAGCAUAAACAUCGAGCCUGUCACUCCGGCCGACUGGGAGGCUAUCGAACUCCACGCUACGUUUCUGGAACUGAAUCUGCUUUCUCAAAUUCGAGCCCUGCCGAAUCCUUCUUACAGCAACAAGUCAGCCACUCAAGCUGAAACAAUGCAUCCACUGACUCUCCAUCUUUCGCCAACGUCCACUGCGAACAUUAUCGUCACCUCUCUCGCACCACCAGUUGCAAGCACAUCGCCGUUUGCCAAGAUCGCACCCGACGCAGAAGUGAUUGUGGCUCCAAAAACCCGAGCUAGGGUAAAUCGAAGCAACAGAGGUGAUUCGAGGAGCAUCGCAAGCAGGCGCAGUGGCAAGAGCGGCGUCAGCACCGCGCGUGGUUCGUCAAAAAGAAUUGUCAAGUCUGCCUUGUUCUUGAGAUCCUUCGAUCGAUCAGUCGCUAACACGUUUUUCGAUGAUACCUCUGAUGCUGUACUGAACAACAAGCUUACAAUCUGGUUAUCUCCUGAAGUUGCCGAGUCUGAGAGCUUGAAAGGAACUGCCUGGGCAAAUGUCACGAUAGUCAGACCAUCCGGCCUCCGGGCUCAAUUGGAGCAAAACCAUGUUAAUCAGCUCAAGGAAGAGGAGAACAGCGAGGUGGGCCGACCUGCAACAAAAAUUGUGGCUAGAGUUAUGCCCUGGCAGAACCCCCUCGACAAUAAUCAUGUUGUACUGUCUUCGACAAUGUGUCAGAUGCUGGGUAUCGAGGGACAAGUGGGCGUUAUCGUCCGAGUUGAAGCAGCUUCUCCUCCACUUUCUCGAUACUCGGUCAAGAAAUUCCACUUUUACCCAUUCUUGCCGCUCAAUCAGAAAAAGAAAGAAGGGAUCAAACUUGGAGGUGACAAGGCAGCCAAACAAGCAGUUAUCGACAAGCUGCGCCUGGUUUUCACCGGCGACGAUGGAUUGUUGUCUGGACCUAUCACUGAUGGCAUGGUGUUGCCAGCAUCAGGAGAACCAUCACUUGCAACAUCUUUCGAUGGCGGGAUCAUUCGAUUCCGACGCCCGGCUGAUCAAACCGAGGAACCCAAAGACUCAUGCCUCUGGGUUCUGGGACAAGAGCAAGAGCCCGAAUUCGACAUCAAAGACGAAGUCCCACGGCCCGUUGAACUCACCACACUGUUUCCGAGCUUUGCACAUGAUGUACCAUCGAAAAUUCCAAAAUUGAUUGGCAUUGACAAGAUCCUCAAGCAAUGCAUGUCCACCUUGACAUUGUGCUCCUCGGUGCUCCUAACUGGUGGCAUUGGUUCUGGGAAAACAUCACUUGCUCAACGCAUAUCUCAACAACUCCGGGAAGAUUAUGUUUUCAACGUGACUUUCUUCUCUUGCCAGAAGCUUGUGACAGAUGAAAUCCGAGUGUCGACCAUCAAAGAGACCCUGACCAGACUAUUCAUGUCGGCGUCAUGGUGUGCCAGACUGGGUGGGCAAGCAGUGGUUGUGCUCGACGAUCUGGACAAGAUCUGUCCUGUGGAGACAGAACUACAAGUCGGCAAUGACAACGGCCGGAGCCGUCAAAUCACCGAGAUUCUCUGCUCCAUCAUCCGACAAUAUUGCAGUAUUCAUUCUGGAGUGGCUCUCCUUGCGACUGCACAGUCCAAAGAUGCCCUCAAUUCUAUCAUCAUUGGAGGACACGUCAUUGGAGACAUUGUUGCUAUUAAAGCGCCAACCAAGGAAAUCAGACGAGAUGUUCUCGAUGCUCUCACCAGUGACGGGGCGGCUUCUGCCCGGAACGGCACCCAUACCAGAAACACCAGCGAUGCACAAAGCAUUUCCGAGAGCUCAUGGAUGGAUCCGUCCAGCUUUUCAUCGAGACCUGGCUCAUCGGCAUCAACUCACCCUGUAGAGGGCUUCCGGGUCUCGUCAAGCCUUGAUCUACUCGACAUUGCCGGAAAGACUGAUGGCUAUAUGCCAGCUGAUUUGGUUCUUCUCGUGGCUCGCGCAAGGAACGAGACUCUUACUCGAAUGCUGUCUGAAAGCGAUGCUUCCGACGCAGCUCCCACUCUGACCAAGGUUGAUUUUGACUCGGCACUUGCCAGCUUCACACCGGCUUCUCUGCGGAACGUCACGUUGACGCACUCGACCACCACCUUCUCGUCCAUCGGUGGUCUGCACGAGACGCGCAACACUCUCCUUGAAACGCUACUUUAUCCAACAAAGUAUGCGCCUAUUUUCGCCCGGUCCCCUCUUCGAUUACGGUCCGGUCUACUCCUCUAUGGAUUUCCCGGCUGUGGCAAGACUUUAUUGGCUUCGGCUGUUGCUGGCGAAUGCAAUCUCAACUUCAUAUCCGUCAAGGGCCCCGAAAUCCUCAAUAAAUACAUCGGUGCAUCUGAAAAGUCGGUGCGUGAUCUAUUUGAGCGUGCACAGGCCGCGAAGCCUUGUGUUCUCUUUUUCGACGAGUUCGACAGCAUUGCGCCGAAACGAGGGCAUGACAGCACGGGUGUGACGGACCGAGUGGUCAAUCAAAUGCUGACGCAAAUGGAUGGUGCUGAAGGCCUUGAUGGCGUCUAUGUGCUUGCGGCUACGUCUCGACCCGACCUGAUUGACCCUGCGCUCCUACGUCCCGGUCGUCUUGACAAGUCAUUGUUGUGUGACAUGCCUGAUGCGGAUGAUCGACUCGACAUUUUGCGGGCAGUGAGCUCCAAACUCGAGUUGACUGCCGAGGUUGAAAACCGUCUUCUCACGGUUGCGCAACGCACCGAUGGAUUCAGCGGUGCAGAUCUUCAAGCUUUGAUGUACAAUGCCCAUCUAGAAGCCAUUCAUGACCUCCUCGGCGAUCUCACCAAAAAUACAAACGGCAAGGACAAGUCGAAGGGAUUGUCCAACGGAGUCAAGGAGAAGGAUUCCACUUCUGGCAGUCGAAGACGCAAACGACCCGCUGGUGAUAAGAACGAUUUCAUUCAAUUUCUCUAUUCCGCCGAGGAAGAUGCACGGGCCAAAAAGGUCUUGACUUCAUCGGCCAUGGACAGCAAAGCUGCAGUUGCUGCUAAGAUUGAGGAGUUGAAACUGUCACGAAAGCGUGAGAAAGCCAUGCUUCGUGGUAAUUACGCCAAUGGUUCUCUGGGAGGACCCAACAGUGACGGCCUCAGAGAGGAUGGCACGGAGCAAAAGGACCAAGGGGACGAGAAAGAGCACGUGUUGAUUGAAUGGAGGCACGUGGAAAAGAGUCUGGCUAGCACAAGAAGCUCGAUCUCGUCUGAAGAGAGAAAGAGGCUGGCAGCUAUCUAUAGAGAGUUUGUUGUGGGCAGGAACGGAGAAAUGCCAAAUGGACAAGGUGGCACUGAAAUCGGUGGAAGGACGAGUUUGAUGUAGAUAGGUAGUUAGGCCAUCUGGUUUGGCUUCAAUUCGAAAUAUGCCUGUA